CUCACUGGUGCUCUCAUGUUGCUUGGGGCUGCCCUGCUCCUGACUUCAGGGGGAAAUUGUGGCAUUUGCCCAGCUUUGGAGGAGGACCUUGCUCUUUUUCUUGGCCCAUCUGUGCCUGACUAUGUGGAAUUCGUGAGCCAGUACAGGAACGAGUCUGCCGUAUUGAAAAAUGCUGAAAAUCUGAAGAUGUGUGCUGAUAACAAGCUGACAGAGGAAGACAAGGCAAAUGUAAAGAGUUUGUUGAAGAAAGUAGAAGCUUACCCUUUCUGUUGAUGAUUCCAUCUUUGCCUGAAAACUCAAGGAAGCCUCUCGCCUGCUCACCUGCAUAGAUGCAGCCAGCCCUACACCUACC